AUGACCCCUCUGGGAGGAGCAUCCGACACAACUCCUCCCGUUGAGUUGAAGGUUGUUGAUCAUCAGGGAGAGGGAGAUCCUUGCUGGCAGGACGACGAUCAGGCUGCUGCUGGGCUGCUGGAUGAGGACCAGGACCAGGCUGCUGCUGGGCUGAAGGACGAGGACCAGGCUGCUUCUGGGCUGAAGGACGAGGACCAGGACCAGGCUGCUUCUGGGAAGGACGAGGACCAGGCUGCUUCUGGGCUGAAGGACGAGGACCAGGACCAGGCUGCUUCUGGGCAGAAGGACGAGGACCAGGACCAGGCUGCUUCUGGGCUGAAGGACGAGGACCAGGACCAGGCUGCUUCUGGGCUGAAGGACGAGGACCAGGACCAGGCGGCUUCUGGGCUGAAGGACGAGGACCAGGACCAGGCUGCUGCUGGGCAGAAGGNCAGUAGCAUUCUGAACACCCUGGCAGUUUUUUCAAGUGACUCACUGAAGCCCAAAAUAUGUAAGGGCGAAAGUUUAAGGACUACUUGA